AUGUCCGUCACGCUCGGGACGACGCUGGGUGAUUUGAAGCUCGAGCUGCACUGCGCCGACGCCCCGCGGGCGUGCGAGAACUUCUUAGCGCUGUGCGCGAGCGGGUACUACGACGGAUGCGUGUUUCAUCGGUGCAAGAGGCAAUUCAUGAUACAGACGGGCGAUCCCACGGGCACGGGACGGGGGGGGCGGAGCGCGUUCGGCGGCGCGUUCGAGGAUGAGAUCGUGCCGCAUUUGAAAUUUAACGCCAGAGGGACGCUGGCGAUGGCGAACGCGGGACCGAACACGAAUCAGAGUCAGUUUUUCGUGACGUUUGGGAAACUUCCGCACCUGGACGGACGGGUGACGAUUUUUGGAAGGGUGAUCGAUGGACACGGGACGCUGGAUUCGUUGGAACGUCUCGUCGUGGAUGAGCGGGAUCGACCGGUGCGGGAGGUGAGAAUAGAGCGGGUGACGAUUCACGCGAAUCCAAUGGCGGGUUGA